AUGUCUUCGGUCGAACAAAAAAUUAGCGAAUUGGCUGUUGAGGAGGUUUCCGUGAACGGAAAUAAUGCGCAAGAGGAAGAUGGGGAUGUCGUGACUCCAUGGAAUGUGUCGUCCAGCAGUGCGACUGGAAUUGAUUACGAAAAGCUCAUUGUUAAAUUUGGCUGCCGAAAACUCGAUCAAGAUUUAAUUGCUCGUUUUGAGAAGGUGACCGGCAAAAAAGCUUGCCCAAUGCUUCGACGUGGAAUGUUUUUCGCUCAUCGUGAUUUCACCGCAAUUCUUGAUCGAAAAGAGCAAGGCAAACCGUUCUUUCUUUACACUGGUCGCGGCGCGUCUAGUGGAAGCCUUCAUCUUGGCCAUUUGGUUCCAUUCAUCUUUACCAAAUGGAUUCAAGAAGCGUUUGAUGUUCCACUAGUCAUUCAAAUGACCGAUGAUGAGAAAUUCUUGUGGAAAGAUAUGAAAGUCGAGGAGGCGAAGAAAAUGGCACGCGAAAAUAUGAAAGAUAUCAUUGCUGUCGGAUUUGAUCCUGAGAAGACGUUCAUAUUCAACGAUUUCGAUUAUAUGUGUCCCGCUUUCUACGAAAAUAUUGUGAAAGUUUGGAAAGUGGUUAACGCGAAUCAAGCGCGGUCGAUUUUCGGUUUCACUCCGGAAGACUGCAUGGGAAAAUCUGCGUUCCCGGCCGUCGAAGCUGCCCCCUGUUUCGCUUCAUCGUUUCCCCACAUUUUUGGAAAAAGGAACGAUAUUCCGUGUUUGAUUCCGUGUGCAAUCGACCAGGAUCCGUACUUCCGAAUGACUCGAGAUGUUGCACCGCGAUUAAAAGCUGCCAAACCGUCUUUAAUUUUCUCUUCAUUCCUUCCCGCUCUUCAAGGAGCGCAAACUAAAAUGAAUGCUUCUGAGCCCAACACGUGCAUUUAUUUAAGUGACACACCAAAACAAAUCAAAAAUAAGAUCAACAAGUAUGCGUUUUCUGGUGGUCAGCAAACUGUUGAGGAACACCGCGCAAAAGGAGGCAACUGCGAUGUUGACAUUAGCUAUCAAUUUUUGAAAUUUUUCCUAGACGACGAUGAAAAGCUUGCCGAAAUUCGUGAGAAAUACACGAAGGGCGAACUUCUGUCUGGUGAACUUAAAGCUCUCGCAACUGCUGAGGUCACUAAAAUUAUUUCUGAAAUGCAAGAGCGUCGUAAAGCUGUCACUGAUGAAACUGUAGACUUGUUCACCAAAGUCCGUCCAUUAGCUUUUAAAUAUUGA